AUGGUGAACUUGGCUUCAUAUGGAGGGGAACCAGUGGCUGGUGUGCGCAGCUUCCUGUUCCAAUUCGAGACCACCUAUGAGAAAUCCGCCCACUUCCGACCCUCCGCGGACUAUCUCUUCAAGGUCGCCAUGGCCUUGGUGACGCUGUUCUGGAUUCUGGCCUUGAUAUGGUCAUUUUGGUUCAGCAUCAACGUCUUCAACAAGAUCACCUUAACGGGAGAACGGGUGGACUGGCAGAUGCCACAGCCGUGGCGAAUGGUCAAGAGUUUCGGGUGCGAGCUGCAAGGAACCCACUUCACGGUGACGGAUGGCUACACUGUGCAGGUCCUAAAUUCGGACGGCUCGUUGUUUCUCCACUUCGAGGCCUGUGGCGAUGGCCCAGUGCUGGCGGUGGACUUCGGGCAGGGCGGCGAGGUGAUCGCCUGCUGCGAGAAAGGUACUCAAUCUACCUGGAUCGAAAAUGGCAAGGUAGUGCGACAGCAGUGGGUCUCCAACUUCACGAUGCUCACGGACAUUGCGGUGGAUCGGACCCCUUUGGAGACCGAUGACCACAUCGAUGCCUUGGCCAUCCGCAACAACCAGCUGCUGGGCAUUGUCUUCGACCCCACCGGCUGGCGCAUCUUCGGAGCCCUGACGUUGCCGCAGAAUAAGGACCGCACCGAAGAAAUCACUGCGUUGGCCAUCCGCUUGGGCCGUGCCUUGAUCCUGACCAACAGCGAUGAAGUCUUCGAGAUGGAUGUACCAUCAGGAAUGUGGGCUGGGCCGAUGCUGUUGCCAACUCUGGGUUCAAAGGUGGCCUAUGAUUGGAUUUCAGUCUGUCGGCUCUCUGGUGCAAGGUGGCGCUUUGUGGGACAGCCUUCGGCAUCUCCCAUUCAGCUCUGGGCCUUUAGUCGUCCGCCCGUGAACAACUUGCCGCCACGGAAGGACGACUUCACCAAUCAGCAGCUCACGCUCGCAGCGUGA